CGGCCUCGCCAGCCAAUCACACGGCCGGGAGCUGCCCCGUACUUUCAUAUGCAAAGAAGCCUGGUCCCUGAAGGCGGGGCUGAGGCGCGGAACUUUGGGGGACCCUGAAGAGUUGGAGAGGAGUCCAGCCUUGGAGCCGGGAGAGGGUGCGGCGCGGGUUAGGUCCUUGCCCCUCUCGGGCUGAUGGAACGCUCGGUUUGCAUCGCUUGCAGCCAGUAGGGAGAGGCAGCCAAGCUGCUUGCUUAGCAACCGGCUGAGCGAACAAAAAAGCCCAUCCCUUGGAGACCUUGGGGCGGUGAGCAUGCGGAAACCCCGGUGCAGUGCAGAAAAGGCGCCCAGCUGAGAAGCGCCGGGCUGCAUGCAGCACUCGGGGGGCUGCAGUCGCCGGCACCAACGGGAGCGUGUUUCUCCGCAGGAACGAAGGCGCCUUCGUUGUUCUUCUUUCCCAAACGACGAUGCUGCUUCGGAAGCUUUCGUACGUGCUUGCCAUCCUUUUUCUGAGUGGCCUAACGGCGUUGCUGAUUUUUCUCCGUGGUCAGCCGGAGCCUCCCGUCUCCCGAGGGGCUCGACACCGGGAGCAGCCGGCGAAGACGUCCCGGGGAGAAGGCGAUUUCUUCCGCAAAACUUGCGAUGCUCUGGCGAACGGGAGGAACGCCUUCGUCUGGGGCAACCAUCUCUGGACGGCCUUCGAGAACUCAUCCGCUUGCCCCGAUUACGUGGUGGGCAGCCACUACCUCACGAGAUCCCUCUCUGCUGAAGAAGUCGCCUUCCCCUUGGCCUACGUCAUUACCCUCCACAAAGAGUUCGGUACUUUUGAAAGGGGCUUCCGGGCUCUUUACGCGCCCCACAACGUGUACUGCAUCCACGUGGACGAGAAGGUGCCUCUCGAGUACAAGCGAGAUGUGGCGAAAUUGGUCGAGUGCUUCCCCAAUGCUUUCCUCGUGUCGAAAGCAGAGCCGGUCAUUUAUGCGGGGAUCUCCAGGCUUCAGGCCGAUUUGAACUGUAUGAAGGACCUCCUGCGAUCGGGGAUCCGGUGGAAGUAUGUUCUCAACAUGUGCGGACAAGACUUCCCCUUGAAAAGCAACAGGGAAAUUGUCCUGCACCUGAAAGGCUUCAAAGGGAAAAAUAUCACCCCUGGCAUCCUUCCUCCGGAACCUAUUACUGUAAGGACCAAAUAUGUUUACAGGGAACACAUAGACAAAGAGGCUUCUUACAUGAAAAAGACCAAGAUCCGCAAAUCACCUCCACCCCACAAUCUGACCAUUUACUUUGGCUCUGCCUAUAUUGCCCUAACAAGGCCCUUUGUGGAGUUUCUUUUCAAUGACAAAAGGGCUCUUGAUUUGCUGGAAUGGUCCAAGGACACCUACAGUCCAGAUGAACAUUACUGGGUGACGCUCAAUAGGAUACCAGGUGUCCCUGGCUCCAUGCCAGAUGCUAGAUGGGAAGGUGACCUGAGAGCUGUGAAGUGGAGCAAUGACGAAAAGAAUCAUGGAGGAUGUCAUGGUCAUUAUGUCAGAGGAAUUUGUAUUUAUGGAACUGGUGACCUGAAGUGGUUGCUGAAUGCAAAAAGCCUUUUUGCUAACAAAUUUGAACUCAGAACAUACCCACCAACUGUGGAAUGCCUGGAACUGAACAUUCGGGAGAGAGCAUUGAAUCAAAGUGAGAUACCAGUGGAACCAAGUUGGUACCUUUAGGGAAAAAUAUGGUUUACUUUUUAUGUUGGUGAACAAAAACAAUAAUGGAGAAUCAGCAUUCUGGAAGGACCAUUUCACCUUGAAGCUGUGCUUCUUUAGGAUAUUCAGUACGGGUAGUUUUUAUAAUAUCUUGAACACCUUUGCACUAAGGGAGAUAUAAGAAUUCAGGGCGAUCUGUAUAUUGAGUUUUCUUGAUAUUUUUAAGAAUUGCAUCCCAUUUUGGAGCAGGGUUAUCCAUCCCCACCUGUAAAAGUGCACGGGUAUUAUUUGUUAAUACUUUGGGAACUGGCUCUGAUUCACUCAAAGAAAGACAGUGAAUUCGGAGAGAAAGAUGGUGAACUCGGAUGUCAAGUUGGUUGAGCAAGAUCUUGACCUUCGUUAGUCAGGCCUUGCUGUGUGAUAAUUCAGAUCCAUGGAUUAAAAUUGACUACAUCUCAUCAGAAGAUCUCUUGAUGGAACUUCAUCUUCACCUUUGGACUCAAAGCGCUAGUUGGACAACUCAUAUCAGCUUCUACCAUCCUGCACGUAAGCAUUGUGUUUGAUACAGAAUAGACCACAGCAAGCAAUUCAGAAACUGAAUUCAUGGACCUUCAAGGUUCUCUCACUAUCUGUUGUGGACGGAGAAAGGCCGCAACAUGCUAUCUGAGAUUUAUCUCCCCUGUUUAAACAAUGGAAAGUAUCACAUGUAUGGCUAGGUAGUGUGGGAAAUCUGAAUCACAGUCCAAGAGAUUAAGUAGGAGAGUGAAACAGAGACUCUGGUGGUGGUGGGAUGCUUCUAUUGAACCAGGUGCAUGUUUGCACUUGCCACAUUUGGCUUGGCUGUUUAAUGAUUCUAGAAAUGAAGAAAAGAGGGUACAUCAAUGGUGCCCAGUACGUAGUUAAUUAGGGCCCAACUUUUUUUGUGGAAAGAGAAUCUUCCCUGGGAUCGAUGAGACCAGUUUCUUCAUUGGAACUGAGCUUAAGCAGGCUUGCACAGCAUCUGAUAAAGUGAAGCAGGAAGGUCAUUUCCAUUCUUCUUUCAAAAAUGUUUCUGCACAGUUUAAAUCUCCAUCUCCUAUGAUUUGGAAACAGAAAAGGUGAUAACAAGAUGUGCUUCAAAAUCUUGAGGAGGAAAAAGAAAUAUCCCAGAGUAAUUUAUCUCCAGAUUUUACCAUUUUGAAGGCCAUUUUUAGAACUUUUAUUGGGGGGGGGAGGAGGAGAGAGAGAGAAGCUGGAGUUCUGCACAGAAAGAUUUUAUCAAUGCACAGUGUUCACCAGAUCUCCUGAAUGCAUGACAACUGUAUGUUUAAAAAUGCAAGUUGAUGGAUUUGUUAAUAAAACAUGCGUAUUUACAGCUCACGAUACAUUUCUAGCAAAGCUCUUGCUGUAAAACAUAUUCCCUAUGUCUCAGAUAUGGUCUGUAUACUGCUGUACUUUUAACUGAAUUGGAAGCAUCAUUUUUCCCACUGAGGAAGCACAUUUGCACAUACCAAGGAUGGAAGGCUAU